AUGAAAGUGAUAGUAAUUUUAAUGUUCGUGAAUUGUGUUAAUCCUCAAAUUACAUUCAACAAAUGGAAACAAGCUUUAAGUGGAAUUGUGAACACAUAUUCUCUAUUUUUGGAUCAACAAGUGUUCGACAUGAAUUGCGCCUUUAUUAAUGCAUUCAAUUCAAAAUUUGGACAAAGCUUUCAAUUAGGUUUAAAUGAAUUUUCAAGCUUAACAUUUAGUCAGUUUCAAACGAAGUAUCUAGGAAUAAUGGUCCCAAGCCAGUCCAAUCGUAUCAGUCAAAUUGUUUAUUCAAAUUCAGGUCUUUUUGCUAGAUUUAUUGAACCUAUUGACAUUAUUCCAGUCUCAAAAACAAUUCCAGCAUCUAUCGAUUAUAGAAACUCUUCACUAGCUGUUCAAAAUCAAAAGAAUUGUGGGAGUUGCUGGGCUUUUACAGCACUUUCAAUAUUAGGUGGAUGGCCAAUCAAUGCAUUAAAUUGGAUUCUAAAAUCAGGUGGAAAUGCUGCACCUGCAAUGGCUAAUUAUCAAUAUUAUGGUUUUAAAACUAAAUGCAGGACAAAUCUUGCUAAAAUACCAGUGAACAUCAAAGCAGUUGUGCAAAAUUAUACAGCAGGAAAUGAAAAUAUGAUGAAAGAAAUCGUAGCUAACGUAGGACCAGUAGCUGCUGUCAUUUCAGUCACAUCUGUUUUUCAGCUUUACAAAAGUGGAAUAUUUUAUGACACCACAUGCAAUAGUAAUUGUGGAUAUGUUAAUCAUGCUGUAGUGAUUGUAGGUUAUGGGAGAAAUGCAACGACAAAUUUGGAUUAUUGGAUUGUUAAAAAUACAUGGGGUACUACAUGGGGUCAGCUUGGAUAUAUUUAUAUGUCAAGAAAUAGAGGAAAUAAUUGCAAUAUUGCAUGCUAUGCUAUACAUCUUGGAUUAGUCGUUCCAAAAACUGCUGAUCGCAUUAGUUCUACAACAUAUAGCGAAACAAUGCAUUCUCCAUUAAUGAGUAUUAUGCCAACAACAGAUUCAUCAUCAACUACUGUUGCUGAUUCUGUGGAUUAUUCGAAUUAUACAUUAGCAGUCAAACAUCAAUUAAAUUGUGGAUCAUGCUGGGCAUUUUCUGUUCUUGACACUUUGGAAAGCCGUUUAAAAAGGUUAAAUAAUUCCUACAACACAAAACUUUCGCCACAAUAUCUAGUUGAUUGUGAUACACGUGAUUAUGCAUGUGGCGGUGGUUGGCCUAUAAAUGCAUUAAACUGGAUAGUUCAAGGAGGUGGAAAUGCAGUUCCAGCAUGGACAGAUUAUCAAUAUUAUGGUUUUAAACUUAGAUGUAGAGUUACUCCUAAGAUACAUAUGGGAAUUGUUGCUACAGUUCAGAAUUUCACUGGAGGGAAUGAAAAUAUGAUGAAGGAACUUGUUUCUAACUAUGGUCCAUUAACAUCAGUAAUUUCAGUCACAUCUUAUUUCCAAUUGUAUAAAAGUGGGAUCUUUUAUGACACAACAUGCAACAGCAAUUGUGCUACUGUUAAUCAUGCAAUUGUAAUUGUUGGAUACGGGAGAAAUGUCACAACAAACAUGGACUAUUGGAUUGUUAAAAACUCAUGGGUAACGAAUUCAUUCCUCAAUUGA